AUGGCCGACGAUAGCAACCCCGAGCCAGUCUCCAUUUCGCCCCUCUUGCAGAGGCUCGCAUACCCCGACGUCGCUCAAAUCCAAGUAUCUGCAGAAGAAAUUGCGGCCGCAUUUGCAUUGAUAUUCGAGAAUCGACUAUCCAUUAUCCAGACCGCAGCUCUCCUGACUCUGUUGCAUUCGACCGGUAAAGACCGUGACUCCAAAAUCAUUGCGCUAUGCUCCCAUCGCAUGAGAGAAGCUGCAAGCACCGUGGACAGGCCCCCAUUGCGGGCAGUGGUCAAAGCUAGGGGCAAAUCAGAGGGAAAUUACAAUGGAGGAUUGUGCGAUAUCGUUGGCACCGGCGGCGAUUCCCAUUCCACCUUCAACGUCUCUACAACCUCAUCGAUUGUCGGAUCAUCUCUAUUGAUGGUGGCUAAACAUGGCAACCGCUCGCAAACAUCAUUUUCCGGAUCGGCCGAUGUAUUGAAUUGCAUCCUUCCCGUGCCACCGAAGAUCGCAGCCAUCAAGGCAAAUGACAUUGCCAAAGUGCUCAACGAGACCAACUACACGUUCCUCUUCGCUCCAAAUUUUCAUCAAGGCAUGAAGUAUGCGGAGCCCGUUCGUCGCGGCUUAGGAUUCCGCACGAUUUUCAACCUGAUGGGACCCCUGGCCAACCCUGUUGAUUGGGCACUAGAAGCGCGCGUCGUCGGAGUUGCCUACCAAGCCUUAGGUCCCAUCUUUAUCGAAGCUCUGAGACUUGGAGGCUCAAAGAAGGCCCUGGUCAUUUGUGGAGAGGAAGACAUGGACGAAAUCAGCUGUGCCGGUCCGACAAACUGUUGGAGACUUUCCGAAUAUCCCAACCCAGCCUACAAAGGCACAGGUGCAGAGAAUGGAGAUAAUGAAGACGAAGAGGAAGACGACGAUGAUGAAGAAGAAGAAGAAGAAGAAGUACCACGAACGCUCACUAAGCUUGACAUCUUCCAGCUCCACCCUUCAGAUUUUGGUUUCCCAACACAUCCCAUUACAGAUGUCUACACGAAGAAGAUGCCAAAACAGAAUGCGGAGAAGCUUAUGAGUAUUUUACGCAACGAACUGGACCCAGAUGAUCCUCUGAUGCACUUUGUUCUUAUAAACACAGCUGCAUUGUUUGUGACCUCGGGUAUAUGUGAAGCUGAAACUAGCAAUAUGGGCCCUGGAGAUGACGGCAAGGUCAUUACAGAGCGUGGACCUGGCGGUGGACGCUGGAAAGAGGGUGUCAGACGGGCCCGAUAUGCAAUCACAAGUGGUCAGGCUCUGAAACACUUGGAGAAAUUCAUAGAAGUGACGAAUCGCUUAUGA